AACAGUUGAAAACUAACUUUUCAUUUUGGACACUGGACACAGAAGAGUGUAACAGAACAGAAAAGUGAAAGUUUUUAGCUCUUAUUCCAUCAGCCUCGUCCUCUAGCCUAGUCUCGUAGUCUCUCUCUCUCUCUCUCUCUCUCUCUCUCUCUCUCUCUCAGGAUGGAGUGCUGCCUGCUGACAGUAUGUACCGUUUCUGCAGCUCUCGUUUUUGUCCUCGUUUAUUGGCUUGUGCCAGCUAUGCAGCAUAAUGCCAAGUGGGUAUUAUUAUGGAAUGACUGCAUCGUGGAGUUCCUGCUUGAUACACUCACCCACUCCACACGGCCACAGCGCAUGCUGAAGGCAGUGCAGAAAAAUGCCAUUAAAGGAAAUCCUGAGAGUGUCAUCUCUGCCAUCGACUACUUCUGUAAGCACUCGGAAUGGGCCAUGAACGUGGGCAAUGAGAAAGGCGCCAUUUUGGACUCAGUGGUGACUGAGGUGAAUCCCAGCACGGUUCUAGAGCUGGGUACGUACUGCGGGUAUUCGACAGUGAGGAUCGCCCACCUGCUGUCCCCUGGCACCAAACUCCUCACGCUGGAGUUUAACCCGGCUAACGCCACCAUCGCCAGGCAGGUCAUUGCCUAUGCUGGCCUACAAGACAAGGUGACUCUUAUAGAGGGUUCGUCAGGGGAUGUGAUCCCCCAAUUAAAGGAGCGUUUUGGCAUCAUGACACUUGACUUCAUCUUUCUUGACCACUGGAAGGAACAAUACCUCCCUGACAUUAAGUUACUUGAAGAGUGUGGUUUGCUCAGGAAGGGCUCUGUGCUGCUGGCAGACAACGUGAUUUGUCCUGGAACGCCGGAUUACCUGGAGUAUGUGAGGAAUAGCCCUCACUAUGAAAGCAGAUACUAUCCCGCCCACCUGGAGUACACCAAAGUGGAGGACGGACUGGAAAAGUCGGUCUUCUUGGGAUAAAAAUUGCUCUCCCUCAUACACACACGCACCCCCUUUGCUCUCUCUCUCCCCUCACACACACAUAUAUAUAUUGCUGAUCAUAUCUGAAUAUUUCAACUGCUAUUACUCA